AUGCCUUCCGCGAAUCCUUCAGAUCCCUCGCCCAGACCCUCGACCGAUGAACCAAACAACAAAUCACCAUCCUUCAAAGGACUCGCAAAGAAGAUCUCUGCAUUCCGUCACCGCCGCGCCAUGGUCUCGGGAAGAUCGCGAUCCAUGGACCUGGACAGAAGCCACAUCCGCGAGCGCAGCCCAUCCGUACACAGCUCCCAGUUUUCCUUCUGCGGCGGCACCUCAGAAUGCGAAGUCCGCGAGCCUCCGCCGCCCGCUCCUCUACGCCGGAAGGGCCGGCUACUCACGCCCAUCACAUGGGAAGACACGCCGCAAAACAACUGGACUGUGCAGGACUGCCGGGACUGGGUUGCGGCCGUCAUGUACGCGAACAGCACGGUGGCCUCGCUGGAAUCAUGCAUGGCGAAAGCGAAGAACAUUACGGAUCACGGCGAGAGCAUAUAUUUCGUGAGCUACUAUCACCUGUUCCAUCAGGUUGGGCCGGCAGCGCUGUACGUCCAGGAGGAGUUGAGGCGGCGGAAGGCGGCGGGGUUGGUGAAGAACUUUGAUCAUACGUUUGAGACUUUGUGUCUAUGCGUUCGGUGUGGCGGUCCUGUGUAG